GGCUCUGAGCUCAGCCCCGUUUCGUUCCAUCACCCUUACCCCAGUACAUGCCCUGCAGCGAACUAGCCCUCCGGGCUUUUCUCUUUUACCGUGCAGUUGCGCAUUAACCUCUCGACGGUGUGGAGCUGUGUGCUGUUCGUUCGGUCACUGGACUUUCAGUCCCGCUGCAUCGGUCCCCGUUGCAUCCGUUGCACCAAUUCGGUUUCCACCCGCCUAUCGAAUCGUCGCAGCCUACAUAUUCUCCAAGAGAGUCAGCAUAACAACCACCGACAAUAUGUUCAUCCAGGAUCCUCCGCGGCUUCAUCGGAAGUGGUGUUGAUUACCGGUAUCCAUUCGUUAAUCGUAAUCAUGUCGACUGUGUCGGUCGCCAGCAGCAGACGUCAUCUCGACGAGCCACUUUCAAGAAGCAUCCCUUGAGAGUAAAGUCGCUGGUAUUCUGUGAAUGUCAUCGAUUCCGUCUACGUCCUCGGGCUUGCUAUUGUGAUGUUCGAUUCAAUGACAGACGAUUAUGGAGGUAGCUGAUGCUGGAGGUGGUUACAAGCGAAUUCGGAUAACAGCCCUGUUUCUGUCGGUGCUUUUGUUCGGUUGCUUCGACUAUGCAGCCGGAGGUGAUUGCGGUCUGGCUGAGUUGACUUGCAAAGAUCGACAUUGCGUACCGAUCGACGCUUACUGUAACGGGCGAGACGAUUGCGGAGACAACAGCGAUGAGCCACCAAUGUGUUCACCAUGCAAUCGUACCUACCACGGCCGUGAAGGACGUACAUACAAGCUAGAUCUUCCAAGACCCGCCGAGGAACGUCUGCCGUUCCUUUGUCAUUUGACGUUUACCGCUGCUGGCCAGGGGUACGGAGAAUUGGUGCAGUUGUUGUGGGAUGCGUUUAGCGUGGGUAGAGUAGAUCCAAACACUGAUAGCUUUAUAGCAAGUUGCCCGGAGGGUUCGUUGCAAUUAGCCGAGCUGGGCAGACAUUUCACGGGUGGCUCUUGGUGCGGAGCAGGCGAGGGAAAAGCGUCUUAUUACAGCGAGACCAGCACCGUAACAGCGUCCAUACGGUUGUUUCAUGCUCCUCCCGGCGUGCCGUUCGAGUUCCAGUUGCGGUAUAGAUUCGUAGCACGCAACGAAGCUGUCGCUAGAUUAGGAAAACCAGAUCUUCCAAUUGAAAGAGGCUCCCCGGUGCCGGGCACGUACUGCUCUAGAAAUUUUUACGAAUGCCAUUUGAAGCAGUGCCGACUGCAGAGCCCGAACUAUCCCGGCGAGUAUCCGAGAAAUGCGAGCUGCUUGAUCACCAUAAGGCAGAAGGAGGUACCCACCUGCAAGCAUGCCAUGAUUUCCGUGAAAUCCACGGCGCCCGGUCCAGUCGGAAUCACUACAGCCAAUAGUUCUCUAAGCGUAUGGCAGGAUUGUCCACCGGACAAGGACCGCCUCAUCUUCCACGACGGUGUUCGCCUAGAAGAUCCGAUUUUGUUGAUCUACUGCGGAGGGCCUUUGCCUAGAAUAACUGCCAGGGGCCCAACGAUGCAGGUGGAGUUCCGGAGCUCCCCCAUAGCCAUUCCUCUGGGCGCGUCCGCUCUGCGGCUCGAGCUCGAGAUUCAGGUAGUGUACGUUGACUCCGACGGGCUCGAUUAUGCCAGAGACCCUCAAGGCUGCCACUUUUUUGUAAACGAGACUAGCAAAAGAAGCGGCAUACUGCGGGCGCCGCUUCACGCACUGCCACCAAACUCCAGUUGUACAUGGAAUAUAAAAGGGGCCGCCGGAGACAGAGUGUGGAUCUAUUUUUCUUCUUACUCUCAGAGGGAUUUGACGGGCACCGUAGAGAAUAACGCCAGUUCUCAAUCGGACGUGCCCUGCGCGGUGAAAUUGAUCUUCUGGGACGGGAUACCGAACACCGCUUUACCAAUGGCCACGCUUUGCGACGACACGCCUAAGCUGUGCGCGCACGCGGCUUUGAGAAACAUCACCAGGAGUACACGGCCGUGCACCAAGGAAGAGAGCUACAUGACGGUGGCACCGACUCUGACGCUGCGCAUGGAGACGCUGUUAGGCACCGCUCUUCACACCGUUAAUUUUAAUGCACAGUAUGAAUUUAUAUCGACUCUUCAAGUCGGCGAGCCUUGGGGGGACGGAGUCUGUAGCCGAAUUUGGCGGAAAGUCCGAAGCGGGGAGGUAAUAUCGCCGCGGGACGUCCGGUUAUUCGGCAGGGGCGGGUCCUUGAAGUUGGACUGCAGGUAUCGGAUAGAAGCAGGCACGGACGAGAGGGUGCGGCUGACCUUGCACAACGUCAGCCUCGGCGAGGCAACAGUCUGCACGAGCGAGCCGGACCCUCACACCGGUCGACCACGUUGUGUUCAGGAGAUGGGCUCCAGAGAAGCUCGGCUAGUCUUAUACGAGGCACCCUGGCGGGACGUUCGACUGCCCAGAGCUUGUCUCUGUGACAACACGUCACACCUUCCCCUGACUCACAUCUCCUCUAGCCGAGCUCUUGAGAUCUCGUUUCUGAUCGACCAGCAGGCGCCGCACGAGGACUUCGAAACGCUUUUCUUUUACGCGAGCUUCGAGCUGGUCCGAGUGCCUGAGUGUCCCAGAAAGCAAAGAGUACGCGGAGAAGGAGGCGAGUUGAAGUUCUUGUCACCGCCGCUGUCGCGACCGGACAUCUACUGCGAGGGACUCCCUUGGCUUGUGGAGGCUCGCGACAACAGGUCUCUGUUCGUCCUGACCUGGGGAUGGUUCCUGCCUCUAGAACCACCCCCGGCGUCGGAGCAGAACGAGCAAACCAAGUGUCCAACGACCAAUCGAGUUCUCCUCUACUCCGGAUGGCCGCCCAAGCUGCUAAAGGUGGUGUGUCCUGCAGAACCAGGCGCCAGAGAGUUCACGGUUCACGUGUUCUCUGAAGAGUGGCUCGGGAGCACGGAAGAAGAGGGCAAGUGGCUUGGCCCGCCAAGACCACCUGCGCUUCUUCUGGACUUUGUCGCCAGGGAGUCCGGCCAGGCUGCGGCUUCGUGGCUGGAAAUAUCGAAGAGCAGAGCGGCCUUGCGUAGACAACUGCGUCUACCCGAAAGGGGGAUAGAGAACGAGACUUUGUCGCCUGGAGACUGUCCUCACAGGUGUCCCGAGCUGAGCGCUUGCAUUGCUGCGAGUCUCUGGUGCGAUGGACGAGCGCAUUGCCCAUCCGGACACGACGAAGCAAAUUGCGGUAACGGUGCGAAGCUCCUCGGGCUGCUCCCAUCGGAAAUGUGGCUGGUGUUGGCUGGUGUCGCAGGAAUCAUCGCUGCCUUCGCGUGCUUCUUUGCUGUGCUGAUCAGCAGGUCGAAAGCACGCAACAAGGGUCUUCAUUACAAGGGUACAAAGAAAAGCAAUAGACCGAGACGCGCGCCUACAGAAGAGACGCUGCUCGGAGCAGCCUCCUGACAACAGCAACCCGGUUUCGUGGAAUAUAUCCACGUCGACCGGGAAACAACCGUUUAGCAAUAUUUCUCUAUGCUUCACCGUCCACUAACUUACCACUGUUCUACGUUUUUCGAACAUGUUUCAUCCUUUCGAGUAUUAUUGUUUUUCUAGUCGAAUGGUAAGUGGAGUCUUUCAGUUAUCCCUGGCUAUUGACUGUACGUUUUUGUUUUCUAUUAAAGGUUCAUGUUAAUUAGAAGCGCAAUAGCGAGGGACACAUGAUUUAACGAUUUAAGGAUAGGUUGUGUUUUCACAAUGUUUACUACAGCUGAAGUGGUUGACCUUAGUUGUUAAUUGUUGUUACGUUGUUGUGCGUAAUCCGUACAAUUCAGUUCCAUAGAGGUCGGAGGACUUGAUUUUCAGCGACGUAGCGGAUGCAAAGAUAAGUGCAAAUAAUCUUAAAGUACGUACACAGGAAUACAUGGAUAAUUUAAUAAAAUAUCACACAUUGCUCAAAGAACGUUGUAACUGCCAAAAAAAUACUUUAAGUUCGAUUAGCAGUUGUACAAUUUUUAGCAACAAUGGAAACGAACAAUAGAAGAAAGAGAGAGAGAGAGAUAGCAGUGAAUGUAAAAUGUCGUUUAGGAGUGUUCUCGAUUUUUGAUUUUUAAAUAUAAGUUACAUAGAAUCGUGGAACACGGUUUUAUAUAACAAUACCAAAGAUUUCUUUGAAUGUAUAUUUAAUGUUAACAUCUUUCUCGUACUGUUUAGAAAUAUUUUCGUCUUUCUUCAUCGCUGAGCCAUACUUUCGAUGAACUUACGUAUACCAUUGUUUGACUUGGAGGAGCUUGCCGAACUCGAGCAAGAAAGGAGGAUUACGAUUAGUAUAUCGACAACGAUGUCGCAUCACGUUUGAUCUGUUGAACGGUAGAAUGUUGCAGGGCCGACGUUAAUAACUUGGCAGGUCGGAGUUAGCCUGCCGGACUAUUUUUGUCGAGCUAUACGUAAAUAUAUACCAUUAAGGGAACAAUUGUAGGUGAAGUUCCAGCGCACAAGAAACUCUCAUAAAUCUGAAGGAAAGAACAAAAAAAAAGAAUUAGAUGACAUUUGUAUGGUACAAUAUUAUAUAACAGUGUUUCCUCGGCUCUUAUUUCUACCGUAUGAAAAAAAGUGUUCAAUUAACAUUCAGAACUGAUCGCAUCACUUUCAUAUAGAAUAUAUUUUCAUCGCGUGUGUUCGCUUUGAUUUUUGUAAACGAAUUUCUUUGGUUCGCAAUGAUAUAUUAUAUAUCUAUAUAAAAACGUGAAAAAAAACGACAAAAAAAAAGGCAGCAGUAGCAAAGUAUAUUCUUACUAACCAAAGGAAAUUGAAACUCAGACGAUCUAUUUAAAAGAAUAGAAAAAAGAUAGCGACGUAUAGAGAGAAGAGCACUUCCGCGGAUAUUCUAAAAAAGGUUAUUCAGAAAAAUCGCUGUUAUACAAUAUUUAGUACUAUAGGUUUAUAGUUGCACACGAACGAUUAGAGUCUACUUAGCUGCGACAGAACGAGAAAUGGGAUAAAAUAGCGACGUAACUUACAAAUAUAAAACACACUCGAUAACGUUAGAGAGUUGUUAUUCGAUUAUAAUUACUGUUACACGAACGACUAAACACGUAUUACUUAAGCGGAGAUGGAUGCAUUCGCCUACUAGGUAGAUCGAGACUAGGAUAUGAAUUCGCGCGUGAAACAGAGCGAGAAACGAUUCAUUGACAUUGAGUAUUUUAAACGGAGACCUUCGAGAAUUCACGAGCUACAAUCCGAACGAAUAAAUCAAACAUAGUUUUUAAUUGGAUGAAAUCGUAUUGCUGUACGCGAGCCACACACCACACACAGUAUAAGGAAGUUACGCGUUAAGUACCACUGUAAGGACUGAAAGUAAAUUACAAGAAGCAGUGAUUAAGCGAAAGGAAGACAACAAUAUGUAUUAUAAUUAAGUGCUACUUGAAGAAAAAGUUUACAAUUACGAUAUAUCAUAUAAAAUUAGUUUUUAGAAAGUAUACAAGAAAUUAGGACAUUCUUCUACGACGCAUCGCGUGAUGCGCCCGGCUCCUCGCAGAGAAUCGAAUGUUUAAGCAACUAGGCGAUUAACACUAGAUUGUUAUUGUCUUAUGCGUUUACGGGACUGUUCGUCCCUCCCCCUCAAAGCUCCUUGGAAAUAGUUUAAGAAGAUUCUUGGCUUCCUUGAAACAUAGUAGAAUCUCUAAUACGGGGAACAAACAUUUUCGUUCGACUGCAACUUUUGUAACUUAGUUAUUACAGAGAUAUAUUAUACAUUCGCAUAAAAGGACUCGGAGCAGAGUCCAAUACAAUCGCAACUCGCCGGGAGUCUCGCAACGCGGGCGCGGAAUUUCAUUUCGUACGCAGAGCAUACGUUCGUGUAAAUAACGCUUAGGGUACGAGAACUAAAAAUGUACGUAACACGGUCCGCGCUUAAAAGUACACUACGAAUUCCGAUAUCUAAAUACAAGCGACGAUUUACGUUCUCCGCGCCGUCCGGUUCAAUGAAAACGAAAGAAUCCGCGCGUACCGGAAGCGGUUCUUUCGAGCGACCGGGGAUCAGAUUGAAAACUUUUACAUUUGUCGUAUCCUCGACCCUUGAUCGAACUAUGCGAAGCUGUUCGCGAUCGCGUUACAAUAUUUUGUAAGAUGUUACACGCGUAUUUUAUGAUUUCGUUGGCCAUCGAUUGCGUGUAAAUAACGCCUAGGUGCUCGCGUUUCAAAGAGGCUGUGUUGUUAUUUUUUAAUCGUUUUACUGGGAUAUCGGUUAUACGUUAUUUGGAUAUCCGAAUGCUGUCGAUUCACGCAGACCGUGUGGCUCAACCACUUUAACAGGUAUAUUAGAAGAGUUUUGAUAGAGAAUUCCACGGGGAUCGUGUCUCCCCUCGGACAUAUUCUAAUCCGACAAGUACGAUCUGUUUCGUUUUUUUCCGAGUCUCGUGGGAAGAUACAUUUUACGAAGAGCAACGUAUACUUAACUAGAAUCUACUUUAGUAACGAAUUUACCGAACGUAACGAAAUGGGAAUUGGGGAGAAGGCGCGAGAGAGAGAGGAUUUAAAUAUUACUACACUCACACACUUAUACAUAGGACGUACGCGUAUCUCAACAUUUAUUACACGGAACGCGAAGGAGGACGGAGGACCUCGGAGGACGUGUCAUAGAAAACUUAAUGCCUUUUACGCUGUAAGUGUGAUCUAUGAUCCCUUAAUAAUCUUGUUUCAAGAUCAAGAGGAUUAUCGAUCAUUGCUCGGUUGUAGUGAUAGACAUGCCAAAGAGACAGACAUAGAAAGAAUAAUAAUUUUAGGAUUACUACUUUCUCUUCGAAAGUGGCUUCUUUACUUCCAACGAAUCUCGACCGGAUUCAUUGUUUUCUUUUUUUUUUUUUUUUCGUUUUCAUUACGAUCAAUCAUGUUUCCGUUGUCCUUAUCGUCGACUCACGUUGACUUAUGCGUAUGCGUGCGCGUGACACGAUACUUUUGUCUCCGAUUAGGAUCGUCCGUGUCACGAACAAUCGUUUUGCGGCGGAACGAAUCGACGAAACAACUAUAUUUCCGACGUUCUCUGUCCCGUGAUUAAAAUUGUUUGCCAGUCGAAGAUCGGUCGUUGUCUAUCAUUAGUUCGCUUCAGGUUACAAACAGAAAAAGCACGAAUAAAACAUUGUUGGCAAAAUCGAAAAUUCUAAAUACGAUUACAAUACCGUUAUUUUUGAACACUGGAGGAAAACGAUUCGUCGCUUUCCAUUGAAAGUUACACUUGUAUAGGUACUUUCAUAUUUAAAUAAACAUGACAAAUCUGAAA